GGUCCUCAAGGGUCGAGAAAAACGGAGCUGGCAGCAAGUAGAAGAUCCCUCCUACCCUUGGUCCUCAGUAAGGACCCAGCUCCCUCGCUAAACACCUCCCUUUCUGGAUCCUUGUCCCCCCAAUGUUCUACCUGCCACGGCUGACUGCUUUCUGUUUUGCUCCGUGACUAACCAGAAAGGUUUGACUUUCACCGUCUCCCACCAUGAAGACCCUGAAGAAGCAGAGAAUAGAAAUCGUCAGUGUUUAUCAAUUUGUACUCACCUUUCUCUUCAUGGGCCUCUUCUUCUCCCUUCUCCUCCUCUUUCUCCUCUUCACGCCGUUUUGGUUCCUCUCCGUUCUCUACUUGGUGUGGCUUUAUGUGGACUGGGACACACCAGACAGAGGCGGUCGGCGCUUUGAGUGCGUGAGAAACUGGAAGGUUUGGGAACAUUUUAGAGAUUACUAUCCCAUCAAGCUGGUGAAGACAGCAGAACUGCCCCCUGACAAAAACUAUGUGCUGGGCUCACACCCCCAUGGGAUCAUAUGCGCUGGAACUUUUUGUAAUUUUGCCACCGAAAGCAAUGGUUUUUCACGUCAAUUCCCUGGUCUUCGACCUUUCCUGGCUGGACUGGCUGGCCUUUUUCGACUGCCGGUAUACCGGGACUACCUCAUGAGCUGUGGGCUUUGCCCAGUGAGCCGUCAGAGCCUGGACUUCUUGCUGUCGGGGCCCCAGCUUGGCCAUGCUGUGGUCAUCUUGGUCGGGGGCGCUAAUGAGUCACUGUACGGGGUCCCUGGAGAACAUUGCCUUACACUACUUAAGCGCAAGGGCUUCGUGCGCUUGGCGCUGAGGCAUGGGGCCUCCCUGGUUCCUGUAUACUCCUUUGGGGAGAAUGAAAUCUUCACACAAACAUCAUUCGGGAUAGGGUCCUGGCAGAGGGCUUUGCAGGUAGCCUUCAAGAAACUCACAGGCUUUGCUCCCUGCAUAUUCUGGGGCCGGGGUCUCCUCUUCCCCUGGGGACUGCUACCCUUCCCUGUGCCUAUUACCACUGUUGUUGGCCGCCCCAUCCCAGUUCCCUAUCGCCCUAAUCCCAGCCAAGAAGAGGUCAACCAGUAUCACAAGCUCUACAUGGAGGCUUUGGAACAGAUGUUUGAGGAACAUAAAGAAAGCUGUGGAGUCUCUCCUUCCACCCAUCUCACUUUUGUCUAAGGGUCUGCCCCUGUGUCACCACCACCGCUACCCCUACACUAUGCAUUUCCCUUUCCUAGCCCUAGCUCUAGCCCUUUGCAGGUGUGACCCUGGGAAGUGGAUUUCUAUCUGCUCUUGCUUGGAAAACAUGCCCUCUCCCUCUAAUAAAUACUCUUCCCUCCCUAUGGUCACAUGGGGGAAUAAGUCAAGUAUGGAAUGAGCACCUACUAUGUAACUACUCUAGCUGUGCUUGGUCUAGCUAGAACAUGGGAGUACCAUCUGCCCAGGAGCUAAGAGGCAAUCAGAAAGCUCUAUAGAAAAUGGUGUGAAAUUAAUUGAGUGCUAAACUUGGGGAGGGGGGCAGUGUCAGUGAAAAUUAGAGCAGUCAAGAAAGCCUUCUUGACUUGAGCUGGCACUUGAGCUGGACUUCGAUGGAGUUAGGUGGGUAGGAUCUGGCUGCUCAAAGACUUUCCAAGAUUUAGGUGGGGCUAGGGUAGAGGGAGGAGGGGAAGAAUAUAAACUUUUGUUGGCAGGAGUGAACAUUGUUAGCUUUGUUGACCCCUAGGGUGUAGCAAGGAAAUAAAGUUGGUUGUGUAGGGUGGGGUCAGAUUACUUACCUGGCUAGAGGAAAAGGGAAGAGACUGGCUAUUCUGAAUUUGUCUCUUCCCUUGGAUGAGGCAUUAGAAAUUCUUUGGAAAGGUAGAUGGAACAGGGAUUUAUUUGUUCCUAGAAUUGUAGAAUGAUAACAUUAGAAAGGAUCUUAGAGAAAAUCCAGGCUAGCUCUCUCAUUUUGCAGAUUUGUUUAGCCUGGCAUUUGAGAGUCUGUCUGACAGUUAAAACCUUUUCAGCCUUAUCCUUUCUGUCCUAUACACAACUGUACAUUUCAGCCAAACUAAAUUGUGUAUUCAAUAAAAUUUUUAUUCAGUUGAUUUUAUUACCCCACUAUGGUUCUAAGGUCC